AUGAGGAACUGUGAAUGGAUAGUGCCUACUAUUAUAGCCAUUCAGUCGCAUAUAGGCGAAGCCUGGGUAGAAAUAGGACGGAACAUUAUGCAAGUAGACAGUGCGACUCAGCCUGGGAAAGAAUUACUGAAUGUUCUUUCCAUAGAUCCAUACGGGAUAAGUAGACCGCAUAUUGGUGCCGCCCGCUUAAAAUAUAACGAGUAUAUCUUUCGAAUUGAGCAGGUGAUUGAUUCAUCGCCGGAUAAAGCCGUUCUUCUAAUUAGUGAUGGCCGGCAUAGUAUUACAGCCAUACUUGAUCCUGGUGUGCUUCCUCAGAUGAAAGAAGAGGAUCGAAUUGAGCUAGAGUUGGUUUCUUUAAAGAAUGCUUGGUGUUUACUCCAAAGGGGAUAUUUCUUCUUUAGUCCCAAUAAGUCCAUUAUACUGUACAUAUACUCGAUGUCUUUGACGACUGAUCCGCCUUUUUACAUGGACAAGGACCAAAGUCCUCCAGCAGUUGCUAAUGUUCCUUCUAUCAAACGGAUUACUGCCAAAGUAUUUGAAGGACUAGAAAGAUGUAGGAUUGCUUUUGCUUUGGACAAGAAGAACCAACCUGUAUCAUCUCAUCUCUCCCAACCACAGGCCUUUUUGCUUAAGACUCUCCGCAAGCUUGCUUCCAAAUCUACAGCCGCAUACAGUCCCAUCUCAGUGUUCAAAAGCAAUCAAACCACGAUCUCAAACCAAGAAGUCGCCUUUUUCCUUAACGAACUACCUGAUAAUGAUACUGAAGAUGACACCACUACCUCGGACUCUGCCAGUAGAAACAAGAAUGGCACCACUACCACCACUGCUUCGGACUCUGCCAGUAAAAACAAGAAUGGCACCACUACCACCACUAACUCGGACUCUGCCAGUAAGAAUAACAAUAACUCAAGUAAAUCAGCCAACCAACAGAAUACCGCCACUAUCAACCUGUCCACCCCGCCCAACAUAGACACUAUACUGCCUAAAAUAGAACCUGAUAUUUCACCCACCAUACCAAGCCCCACUUUUGAUGAUGCAUUUGAUGAUAGUUUUAAUGCAAGUUUAGACACUUCCUUAUCCGAGAAUAUUAUAGCCACUACUAACACUAGUCACAACUAUUUAAAGGACAAAGCAAAACAAUUAACACCAACUUCACCACUGGUAGCUUCUAGUCCGAGCAAGCCAACAACAGCAAUUCCUCCCUUAACUCAUCCCACGCCUAGUGUUGAAUCUUUCCCUCACCUAAUCCCGCGUAGCCAUGAAUACUCUACCCCACCAAAACCAGGCGCCAAUUCCAGUCGGAUUCAAUUUGUGACUCCUUUCUCCACUACCUUUACUUCUACUUCUACUUCUACUCCUGUUUCUUCAUCCAAACCGCCAUCCAUGCCGACGUCCUCCAUUCGUUCUCAGUCACCUAUCCCACCUAAUCCUACGCCAACUCCUUCUCAACUACCCAACACUAUCCCUCCUCGCUACAGCCACUCGUCCCUCGGCCCAACAAAUAAGCUAUUGUCGUCCUCGCACAUACUAAUGUCGCCAUCUAAAUCAUCAAUAGCACCGCCUCGGGUAAGAUCGUCGCUAUCACCAUCACGAUCAACGACACCCCAUCGCGUCCCCUUAUCACCUUCUCGUGCAACAUUAGCAUCAAACGCCUCCUAUCAUAGAACAUCACAUUCUCAAGUGAUUUCACCAAGUGUAAUUGUUACCAUUCCUUCCCCUCCACCCAGUAUAGACUCUCUUGAUGACUCUUUCACUGUCCAGGAUGUUUACAACCCCAAUCACUCGAUCACUACCGAUGUUCCAAUCUCGGAACCCGAACACCAAACUGCAGCCCAACAAAUCUUCCGUUCCAACACAGGCACUAUCACCUACACCCAACCCCCUGUUAACCCCAAGGACCCGGACUUCUCAGACAAUGAAGACACCAUCCUAGAUGAAUCUACUUACACCGAAAUGUACGAUGAAAGUUGCUCUAAAAAGAAGCGGGCAGUCCCUCUAUCUAAAUACAACAAAACACGCUAUAUGUGA